GUAAAAAGAUUGAAGAGGUAGUGUACAUUUACUGCUCAAUCAGCCCUAUGAUUGAUUACUGCACGAGUGAUAAGUGUUGUGAUUUCCUUAUACUGGACGUCUUCGAUUUAUGGAAUUCAUGUGGGAGAAAACAAGACAUUGCUCAGUCUGUUUUCAUUACGAAACUAUUGAAUUAAUGUAUUGUUUAUGUGUUUUUUCAUGAUAUCAGGAGUGUCAGCCUGGUAUGUAWCGCUUGUAAAUCGACUGUAGAUGAAUGGCUCGGUUUUUCAUGACAACCGCAAAAAGGAAACGAACAAGCUUGAGCGAAAAUACUAAUAUAUUCGUAACGUAGGCUACACUUUCACACAAAGAUCCUGCGACAUAGAAAUCAGGAGAACGAGCGCAACUCCCGGUGAAUCAAGAGCGCACCGGCUCUAUCUGCCUGAUACCGGCAGAGCAUCAGAACACACCGAUAGCCGACUAUCUCAGACAGUCAACAUGCCCAGCAUAAGACAGUCAUACACGGUGACCGUACCCGAAGAACCCCCGGCCUCUGCUUUCCCGUUCUUGAAGCAAGAGAUGCGGCGGAAAAGCUCGAGCAUGUCUGGCUCGGUGCUGGUGUCAACCUUUGUAGGACUUCUCAUUAAUCAAGCCAAGAACUCCAAGAGUGCCCAGGGCCUGGUGGGCCUACGGAACCUGGGAAAUACCUGCUUCAUGAAUCUGAAACGCUUCUCUGAAGCGCGGAGAACCAGCAAACUGUCCACAUUUGUCAACUUCCCCAUGGAGAAACUGGACCUCAGGGAGUUUGCCUCGGAAAACAGCAUAAAUGCAGUUUAUAACCUGUACGCAGUGUCCAAUCACUCAGGCACGACCAUGGGCGGCCACUACACAGCGUACUGUCGCAACCCCACCUCGGGAGAAUGGUACACGUUCAAUGACUCCAGAGUAACGCCAAUGUCCUCCAGCCAAGUGCGCAGCAGUGACGCCUACGUGCUGUUCUACGAGCUGGCCUCCUCCUCGCGGAUGUGAGGGCCUCCCGGAGGAGGAGGGCACUGCAGACGGAGGGAGGGAGGAAGAGGAGGGCAAAGCCAGGCCUAUUAGGACUAAUCACAUCCACAACAGAGAGAGGCUACUACUCCCACUUCCCCAACUCCAUCCACAACAGAGAGAGGCUACUACUCCCACUUCCC